UACGGACUGGGCGUCGUCCAAUCAGCUUCGACUCCAGAAGUCCCGGCCCAAUUAUUGUACUUUCGUGCAUGUGUUGCUGAAUAAAACCAAAUAAAUGGGAGUCAUAAGCGCAUUCUCUUGAGGUGUACAGAGGGGCUCAUACUUACAUCUGUACUAUACAGCAGGUAUGGAUGCAGAGGGAUUUGGGGAGCUGCUCCAGCAGGCAGAGCAGCUGGCCGCAGAGACAGAAGCAGUGUCAGAGCUGCCGCAUGUUGAGAGGAACCUCCAGGAGAUCCAGCAGGCGGGUGAGAGGCUUCGAUCCCGUACCCUGACCCGCACCUCACAAGAUGCUGCUGACGUAAAAGCGUCAAUCCUCCUCGGUUCCAGAGGUUUAGACAUCUUCCACAUUUCUCAGAGGUUGGAAAGUCUAAGUGCUGCCACCACAUUUGAGCCACUGGAGCCAGUCAAAGACACGGACAUACAGGGCUUCUUGAAGAAUGAGAGGGACAACGCCCUUCUGUCAGCCAUAGAGGAGUCUCGCCGCAGGACGUUCCUGUUGGCUGAGGAGUACCAUCGUGAGUCCAUGCUGGUUCAGUGGGAGCAGGUGAAGCAGAGAGUUCUGCACACAUUACUUGGAGCAGGAGAGGAUGCGCUGGACUUCAGUCAGGAUGUGGAGCCAAGCUUGAUCAGUGAAGUAACCGCUCCUGGAAGGAGUGUGUUAGACAGCGUGGAGGUGGCUUAUGGACGACAGAUCUACAUUUUCAAUGAAAAGAUAGUGAAUGGUCACAUCCAGCCAAAUCUAGGGGAUUUAUGUGCUUCUGUGGCAGAAGUCCUGGAUGACAAGAAUGUAUCAGAGAUGUGGCUGAUGGUGAAGCAGAUGACCGAUGUGUUGCUGGUUCCAGCUAAAGACACCCUCAAAAGUCGCAUUUCUGUUGAAAUGCAGAUGGCCUUUGUGCACCAGGCGCUGAGCUUCCUUGAGAAUGGUUAUAAAAACUACGCCAUGGUUACUGUGUUUGGGAACCUCCAUCAGGCCCAACUAGGUGGGGUGCCAGGAACAUACCAACUAGUCCACAGCUUCCUCAACAUUAAACAACCAGGACCCCUGCCUGGCAUGCAGGAUGGUGAGAUAGAGGGCCACCCAGUGUGGGCUGUCAUUUACUAUUGUCUGCGCUGCGGAGAUCUGAAUGCAGCCAUGCAGGUGGUGAACAGAGUGCAGCAUCAGCUAGGAGACUUCAAGACCUGGUUCCAGGAGUACAUGAAGAGCCCUGACAGGCGCCUUUCCCCAAUUUCAGAGAACAAGCUUCGUCUCCACUACCGUAGAGUGCUAAGGAACAGCGCUGACCCCUACAAGAGAGCCGUGUACUGCCUGAUUGGCAAGUGUGACAUCAGUGAUAACCAUGGAGAGGUGGCAGACAAGACUGAAGAUUACCUCUGGCUUAAGUUGAACCAGGUGUGUUUUGAUGAUGACGGCAGCAGUUCUCCUCAGGACAGGCUGCCCCUGCCACAGCUACAGAAGCAGAUCCUGGAAGACUAUGGAGAGUCCCAUUUCGCUGCGAGCCAGCAGCCCUUCCUGUAUUUCCAGGUGUUGUUCCUAACAGCUCAGUUUGAGGCAGCGGUGGCUUUCUUGUUUCGUGUCGAGAGACUUCGGAGUCAUGCUGUGCAUGUGGCAUUGGUCCUGUAUGAGCUACGGCUGCUGCUGAAGUCUUCUGGCCAGAGUGCUCAGUUGUUGAGUCAGGAGCCCGGGGACCCUGCCAUGGUUCGUCGCCUCAACUUCAUCCGUCUGCUCAUGCUUUACACUCGCAAGUUUGAGUCCACUGACCCACGGGAAGCCCUGCAGUACUUUUACUUCUUACGUAAUGAGAAGGACAGCCAGGGAGAAAACAUGUUCAUGCGUUGUGUCAGUGAACUUGUCAUUGAAAGUCGAGAGUUCGACAUGUUGUUGGGGAGAUUAGAGAAGGAUGGCAGCAGGAAGCCUGGAGUCAUAGACAAGUUUACUGAGAACAGCAGAACUAUCAUCAGUAAAGUGGCUCUGGAGGCCGAGAACAAGGGCUUGUUUGAGGAGGCAGUCAAACUCUACGAACUGGCCAAGAACCCAGAUAAGGUGUUGGAGCUGAUGAACAGAUUGUUGAGUCCGGUCAUUGCCCAGGUCAGUGCGCCUCAGUCCAACAAGGAGAGGCUAAAAAACACUGCAGUGGCCAUUGCUGAGAGGUAUCGUUCUCAGGGCAUCGCAGGAGAGAAGUCAGUUGAUAGCACUUUCUACCUGCUGCUGGACCUGAUGACGUUCUUUGAUGAGUACCACGCAGGUCAUGUUGACAGAGCCUAUGAUGUGAUGGAGCGUUUAAAGCUUCUUCCUCUCAGUCAGGACAGUGUGGAGGAGAGAGUGGCUGCUUUCAGGAACUUCAGUGAUGAGGUGCGACACAACCUAUCCGAGGUGCUGUUGGCCACCAUGAACAUCCUGUUCACUCAGUACAAACGCCUGAAGGGGGUGCCAGCAGGCACACCAGGACGACCACAGAGGACCAUAGAGGACAGGGACAUGCAACUGCGCAGCCAGGCCAGAGCACUGAUCACCUUUGCUGGUAUGAUUCCCUACAACAUGGCCGGGGACACCAACGCAAGACUGGUGCAGAUGGAAUUACUGAUGAACUGAGUCGAUAUCAACAGACAAGCAUGCAAAAUGUUCCUGACAACCACAAACCUUUUGCGGAUACCAUUGCUCUCACAUUCAGUCAUUUGUCUGCCCGUUCCUGGUGUCAGUCUGUUCUCCUUUUCUUUUUCCCAUUUUGUUAUUUCAUAUUUGUGUCUUUAAUAAUUUGGAGUUUAAAAAAAAUGUACUUUUUGUGUAGCAUGUAGUUGCGUACAGCAUGUAUUUGUUUUUAUUUGAACACAGUCAAUUAAAUUUUUUCAUCCACUCCA